AUGACAGGCCCAAGACGUUGGCUCCCAGAACCUCAGGAGGAACUUCAGGGCGUCUCUAUUGUUGCUGAUGUUGACCAGUGGCCAGGGAUCACCACUGCCAAGCACCAUGCGUUCCCCAAAGCCACUCAGCACCCUGCGUUCCCCAAAGCCACUCAGCACCCUGCGUUCCCCAAAGCCACGCAGCACCCUGCGUUCCCCAAAGCCACUCAGCACCCUGCGUUCCCCAAAGCCACUCAGCACCCUGCGUUCCCCAAAGCCACGCAGCACCCUGCGUUCCCCAAAGCCACUCAGCACCCUGCGUUCCCCAAAGCCACUCAGCACCCUGCGUUCCCCAAAGCCACGCAGCACCCUGCGUUCCCCAAAGCCACGCAGCACCCUGCGUUCCCAAAGCCACGCAGCACCCUGCGUUCCCCAAAGCCACGCAGCACCCUGCGUUCCCCAAAGCCACGCAGCACCCUGCGUUCCCCAAAGCCACGCAGCACCCUGCGUUCCCCAAAGCCACUCAGCACCCUGCGUUCCCCAAAGCCACUCAGCACCCUGCGUUCCCCAAAGCCACGCAGCACCCUGCGUUCCCCAAAGCCACUCAGCACCCUGCGUUCCCCAAAGCCACUCCGCACCCUGCGUUCCCCAAAGCCACUCCGCACCCUGCGUUCCCCAAAGCCACUCAGCACCCUGCGUUCCCCAAAGCCACUCAGCACCCUGCGUUCCCCAAAGCCACGCAGCACCCUGCGUUCCCCAAAGCCACGCAGCACCCUGCGUUCCCCAAAGCCACGCAGCACCCUGCGUUCCCCAAAGCCACGCAGCACCCUGCGUUCCCAAAAGCCACGCAGCACCCUGCGUUCCCCAAAGCCACGCAGCAACCUGCGUUCCCCAAAGCCACUCAGCACCCUGCGUUCCCCAAAGCCACUCAGCACCCUUCAUUCCCCAAAGCCACUCAGCACCCUGCGUUCCCCAAAGCCACUCAGCACCCUGCGUUCCCCAAAGCCACUCAGCACCCUGCGUUACCCAAAGCCACGCAGCACCCUGCGUUCCCCAAAGCCACGCAGCACCCUGCGUUCCCCAAAGCCACUCAGCACCCUGCGUUCCCCAGAGCCACUCAGCACCCUGCGUUCCCCAGAGCCACUCAGCACCCUGCGUUCCCCAAACCACUCAGCACCCUGCGUUCCCCAAAGCCACUCAGCACCCUGCAUUCCCCAAAGCCACUCAGCACCCUGCGUUCCCCAAAGCCACUCAGCACCCUGCGUUCCCCAAAGCCACUCAGCACCCUGCGUUCCCCAAACCACUCAGCACCCUGCGUUCCCCAAACCACUCAGCACCCUGCGUUCCCCAAAGCCACUCAGCACCCUGCGUUCCCCAAACCACGCAGCACCCUGCCCACUCAGCAGCCUGCGUUCCCCAAAGCCACGCAGCACCCUGCGUUCCCCAAAGCCACUCAGCACCCUGCGUUCCCCAAAGCCACGCAGCACCCUGCGUUCCCCAAAGCCACUUAGAAGCCUGCGUUCCAAAAAGCCACUCAGCAGCCUGCGUUCCCCAAAGCCACGCAGCACCCUGCGUUCCCCAAAGCCACGCAGCACCCUGCGUUCCCCAAAGCCACUCAGCACCCUGCAUUCCCCAAAGCCACUCAGCACCCUGCGUUCCCCAAAGCCACUCAGCACCCUGCGUUCCCCAAAGCCACUCAGCACCCUGCGUUCCCCAAAGCCACUCAGCACCCUGCGUUCCCCAGAGCCACUCAGCACCCUGCGUUCACCCAAACCACGCAGCACCCUGCGUUCCCCAAAGCCACUCAGCACCCUGCGUUCCCCAGAGCCACUCAGCACCCUGCGUUCACCCAAACCACGCAGCACCCUGCGUUCCCCAAAGCCACUCAGCACCCUGCGUUCACCCAAACCACGCAGCACCCUGCGUUCCCCAAAGCCACUCAGCACCCUGCGUUCCCCAAAGCCACUCAGCACCCUGCGUUCCCCAAAGCCACUCAGCACCCUGCGUUCCCCAAAGCCACUCAGCACCCUGCGUUCCCCAAAGCCACUCAGCACCCUGCGUUCCCCAAAGCCACUCAGCACCCUGCGUUCCCCAAAGCCACUGCCAAACACCCUGCGUUCCCCAAAGCCAUGCAGCACCCUGCGUUCCCCAAAGCCACUCAGCACCCUGCGUUCCCCAAACCACUCAGCACCCUGCGUUCCCCAAAGCCACUUAGAAGCCUGCGUUCCCCAAACCACUCAGCACCCUGCGUUCCCCAAACCACUCAGCACCCUGCGUUCCCCAAAGCCACUCAGCAGCCUAAGUUCCCCAAAGCCACUCAGCACCCUGCGAUCCCCAAAGCCACUCUGCACCCUGCGUUCCCCAAACCACGCAGCAGUUCACAGCAGGUGUGAGAAAGUUGUGUUUGCUGACGGUUUCAGCACAGAAUACCUGCCUCAGGAGAACAAGGCCACCCCCACCAGCGGGCCCCUCCCCAUACCCACCAUGGUGUCCCACCAACCAAUCAAUGGGGAGUCCUCAGAAUGCCCAUCAGCCUGGCUUCACCCGCCCUCCUCAGAUGACAUGGUAGCAUGGACGCUAGAACGCUAG